GAUAAGCAAAAUCUUGGCUCGGUGAUUCGUUUUUAACUGUUCACAAACGAACUUUCAACUUGCAAUCGAACCACAAAUUCAUAUAAAUAAGUAACAGUUUGAAAGCAGUGUGAUCUGCGCAACGCGGAACCGACAACCGGUUAUCAGAGCAUACCGCCAGUUAUCUCGCUCCCUCGCUCGCCGUCAAAACACGCGUGCGGAAGGAAAAGGAUAAAAAGUGGCGUAAAGAAAACAACCAACAAUCAUCUUGUACACACACCAAGACGCAUUCGGCUUAAACAACCAGCCACCGUCCUCCAUCGCGAUCUUGUCCUGGCAGCGCGUGAGAAGAAAAGCUUCCCUCAAAUAUGUCGUAGCAUCCCUUAAUGCUGCGCACAGCAAAAUUUUAUCCAAAAUAACCUCUUCCAACCGUGCAGUGCAGUGGACGAGCGUUUGUGUUGAGCCGUUCGAACUGUUGUCUAUUGACCGGCACUAGGAAUCAAGUGUAUAGUGUGCUGUACUACCGCACGGGGUCGUGAUUUUUAUUCCUUUCUGCAAGCAAAAGAAAUAUUAAAACAUCAUCAAACGAAGCGACAUGGCAAACAGUGAAGCAAUUCUGGACACACAGACGGCCACCCAGACCCAGAUGACGCAAGAUACGGCGCUGGAAAGUCAACCGAUCGAGCAUCCUAGCUAUGGCCAGCUGCUGGGCAAGCAUGUGAAAAUGAAAAGCCUCGGUACUAAAAUUCCCACCUUCUACGUUUCUCGUGCUCCGUCUAUUAUCUACGACCUGCGCCACAGUGAGUUUAAGGUGGGACGAGAAGGCACAUGCCAUCUGAUCUUGGAUGAAGACAACCUUCCGCCCUCCAAGUUGUGCCGAAUUUCGAAGCAUCACUUCACGAUCAAGAAGGAUCUGAACGACACAACCAGCCCUACCUACAUACAUGACCAUUCCCGAAACGGAACGUACGUAAACGGGCGACUGAUUGGGCCGAACAAAUGCAUGAUCCUGAAGCACAACGAUAUCAUCUCGAUCGCGGGCGUCAGCAUACGGGCUUUCGUGUACUACGACCUGCGGUACAGCAUGCAGUCGGACAUUAAGGCGAAGGAGCUGCUGGAUCGAUAUCACGUCGGCCGCAAGCUGGGCUCGGGUGCGUGCGGAACGGUCUAUCUGCUGCACGAUACUGUCUCCUGCCAACCGUACGCCAUGAAGCACGUGGCGAAGGAUCCGCUGAACGAGCGGAGCCGUCCAAAGUUCCUGAACGAUCCACUGCGGGUGAUGAACGAAGUUAACAUUAUGAAAAAUCUCGACCACCCCUGCGUGAUCAAAAUGCACGACAUCGUCGACAAACCUGACUCGGUGUACAUGGUGCUAGAGUACAUGAAGGGUGGCGAUCUGCUGUCGCGCAUUAUUAGCAAAGGUUUUCUGCCAGAAAAGACGGCCAAGCUGUUCUUUCUCCAGAUGUGCCACGCCGUAAAGUACCUGCACGAGCAAGGAAUCACCCAUCGCGACCUGAAACCGGACAACAUCCUGCUCGAGGAUCACAACGAGUACACGCUGCUCAAGGUGUCCGACUUUGGGCUGAGCAAAUUCGUGCGCAAAAACUCGGUCAUGCGCACCAUCUGCGGCACGCCACUGUACGUUGCGCCGGAAGUGCUUCAAACCGGUGGCCGCGGGUCCUACACCCGCAAGGUGGACAUCUGGAGCCUGGGCGUGGUGCUGUUCACGAUGCUAAGCGGAACCCUGCCCUUCUCGGACGAGUACGGUUCGCCGGCGGUGGAGCAGAUCAAGCGCGGCAACUUCAAGAUGCGCCACAGCGUCUGGAAGCAAGUAUCAUCGCUUGCGAAAAAGCUCAUCUACGACAUACUGAACGUCAAUCCCCACUCGCGGCCCUCGAUCGACACCCUGCUCCAGAGCAGCUGGUUGCGCGAUCCGGACAUCGUGGGCCGGGCAGAACAGCUGAUGAAGAUAUCGCUGCGGGUGGAGGAGCCGGCCCCCAAGCGUACCACUACCUCGGAUGUGGAGAACAACAACACCAGCCCGGUGAGCAGCUUUGCUCCACCGAGCAAGCGCAAGAGACGACUCUAGGCCGACACACGACCGGGCAGGUAGGAGUGGUGUGGGAAGGAUAGUUGUUUUCUUUCUUCUUUCUUCACUAUGUUUGUUAAGAUCCGUUACGAUCGCAUAACGGCUAGCUUUUCGAGGAUGCAAAAGCUGUGAGCUGUGUUAUGUGAGAUUUUCUUUUUUAUUAUUACCUGUUGUUAAACCGUGUGCAACGUCGUCGUCUCUCUGUCGAAGUAUUAAGAAGCAACCAGCAGGCAGGGCUCUGUGUAUGUGCUGUCUGUGCGUGUUUACAGUGGAAUCCAUCAGUGGAUGUAAGUUGUUUUUAGACUUAUCGGAUCGAUUGAUUCGUGUCGAAUUCUUUUUUUUUUUUUUGUACGUUUUAUUUCAUCCCUUUACAUCGGUAUAAUUUUCAUACCUAUCAAAGCUCCCGUCCAGUUUAGUUUUUGCUUGAACAUUUAGCUCACCUUUUUAAAAAAUUAAGGGAGAACUAGAGACAACCACGUGAAUUCAUUUAAACUGCUUAUUCAACGAAGAAAAAGUACAGAAACAAUAGCUAGGGAUAUUAUGUUUAAUAUAAACUUUUGUACAUUUGUUAAAUAAGCAAAGGAUUUGUACACCAUUCCGAUGUCGCUGUGUUGUGAGAACGUUACGAUCAUUCCAUGAUCCACCCCUUGAAUGCAAACCGCACGCGUAAAUGUUUACACGACUAUACUCAGAUACUAAUGACCUGACAAUACAGCCAAAAUAUGUUAGUUUUUUAACAUUCAAAUGCAAACCCGUUCUCCAAAUACACUGUUUCUGUGUG